AUGUCUACAUCUGGAAGAAGUUUCCCGUUCAGUGCCAGCUUUGGUACAAGUAACAGCUACAGUGAACAAGAAUGCACGUUACAUCCGGGGAAGCCAAUUACUAUGGUGUGUGUUACAUGUCAGGACGAGCUCGUGUGUCCCACGUGCAUCAAGUGCGACCACAAGAAACACGAGUUCUUGGAGUUGGACGAUGUUGUUCAAGAUCGGCAAAACCUGAUAUUCCAGCACCUGGACGUGUCUGAAAAUUCCCUCCUGAAACUGACGGACAACGUGACUCAGGUCAACAAGCGACUCAGGGAUUACAACGAGCAGGUUGAUAACAUAGUCCGCCAGAUACGGAGCCGAGGCGAGGUAAUAAAAAACAAUGUGGACCGGGUCACCGAGGAUCACAUUCGGGAAGUGGAACGCAUCAGGCGUAAAAACGUCGAAAAGCUAGCCAAAGUCGUAGAUCAAUUGAAGAGACUAGAGACGGAAAUUCUUAAAUACAGCAAAUCCGGCAAGAGUCUACCAUUGUCAAUGAUAGACACGAGUCCAAUAAGACAAGCCUUAGGGAAAAACGGCAACCGACCCUUGGCUAACGCAUCAAUAUUGGAAGUUCCAAAAUUUGUACCAGGUGACUUCAACUUACUCGAGGUCCGUAAUUUGUUUGGCGAACUUCGUAGAGAAGCAAAAAGCGUCAUGGUUGUCACCAAUAACCAGAUGGAACAGGCCUACAGUUUCCUAUCCUCCAAGGACCUCGGUUAUCCCAAUCCCGGGGCUGCAUUAGAAAACCCCGUUCGUGUGUCGGAGCACGAGACGGAGGUAACUAACAUUUGUCCUAUCAACAAUACGGAGGCAUGGGUCGUCCUGUGUGAUACCGACGAGGUCAACCUCAUGUCAACUAUCAGCAAAAAACCAAUACAGGUCGUAACAACUAGUGGUGUUGAAGUCAUCGACGUCACCACUUCUCCAGAUAGAAGACGGACGCUUAUAUGCUGCGCUGAUAGAAGCAUUCGGGAGAUCAAAGGCAUAUACGGACGCACCAAGGUAAUCUUCUAUACUGAGGCAGUUCCUUCUAGUCUAGUUGUCACUCGGGAAAACUUCAUCAUUGUAGCGUUCAAAACAGGAGGACUAAUCAUCAAGUUUGAUUCCAGAGGGAACGUACUUCACAAAGUCCGCGGGUCUUUAGUAGGAAGAAUCGACUUUGAUAACACCCCAAAACCAAUGCGAUUACGGCAGAAUCCUCGAAAUGGGGACUUAGUGUUGUUCAACAGGGGUUCGGGUUACGUCACAGUAAUGGACAGUGACAUGCGCAUACGAUUCCACUCAGCUUGUGGUAAGAGUCAAGUAACUGGACAAUUUGUAAAAAAGGGAGGAAUCUCGCAUUUCAUGGUGGUCGAUGCAUGCUUUGACUCAUUGGGCAAUAUCUACGUGGUUGACACACUUCGAUGUGCCAUCUUGGUUCUUGACAAAAGGGGCUCGAUUCUGAGGACCGUUAUGAAUAGGCAGGAGUACGUGCCGCGCCCUACUGCUAUAGGUGUGCAACCGGACGAUCGCGUAUGGCUAGGGUAUGAGGAUGGUACUGUGCAGACAAGGGAAACUACGACGCUGUAA